AUGGAUAUCACCCAAUUCGUCGCGACUCACCGCGAGGCGCUCCUCCUCGGCGACUACAACUCAUACCGCGCCCAGCUCUCGCGACAGCUCCUAUCAACACGCAAGCGAUUAGGACGAGCAACGGCCAAGAAGGAGAAAUUCGCUGCGAAGCCAGUCACCGCAGACGAUAUCGGGAGCAAUCAUGAGUUCGUCCAUCUCCUGCUGCUCACUUCCGAGCGUGCUUGGGCGCAUGCGAUGCACAUGAAGGCGACCCAUAGCGAGGACAGCAAGGGAAUCACUGGAUCAACUCGUAGCCAUAUCAUUUCUCGACUGAGCAAAGCUGCGAAGGUAGCCCGCGAGCUGGUGGAUGUAUUAAAGAGCAGAGAUGUUGCAAAGUCAAAUGAACAGGACGUGUUGGAGGCGCAGGCAUAUCAGGCAUCUUUGGCAGGAUCAGAGGAGUUCGAGAAGCAAUCGGAAGGCCAGCGAGGGAAGGAUGCACAGCAGAGUGAGAAGCGAUGGCAGGCCUGUCUUCAGAACUUCUCUCAAGCCAGAGUGAUUUAUGCUGCUCUGCUUGAGAAAGAGAAGAAGGAGGUGUACAGAGAGAUCUUGGCCAGCACAAUCGAUCCGACCAUUCGAUAUGCAGCGUAUCAAGCUCAUAUCUCACGAACCAUUGCAGUCCCUACAGUCGCAAAGCGACACUUUCCAAAGGAUGACAAGGAGCUUGCACAGGCUGUUGAGAAGCUGGAUCCGUACGCUCUGAAGGACAAGCCGGCUCCGAAGAACGAGGCUGAACAGGAGGACUCGCCUUUGGACGUACCAAGCAGUGUCAAUUGGAGAGGACGAAAAGCCGAAAUUGUCGACGCAUCGAUUGGACAAGCUCUGGCAAACGUGGCAUUGGCAGAGUCCAAGCUAAAAGCGUAUCUGUCUGCGAACCAAGAUGCAUCAACGCGUGACAAGGCUGCUGCAUACGACGAUGUCUUGAUCGCCUCGCAAGAUGCAGCGGACGCAACCAAGAGAGCCACCGACGAACUGGAAAAGGAACGCGUAGACGAGAGCGAUCCACGAAUGCAGAAUCUCCGCGUCACAAGCCUGUCCGUCAACUACGACCUGGUCUCAUGGCGCGUGGGCCGAAAUCGUGUGCUGAUAGGCAACAACGAUGGAAUCACAUUUGAGGCGCAAAAUCAGCAGAGGCAUAAGCGAUCACGAAAAGGGGAGACUGAGCAGGUCGAGAAGGAAGAGCCGAGGGGUCGCAAGCUGGCUCGGUUACGGGAGAGAACAGUACUGUACGACUCGACCAUCCAAAGCAUCAACUCGAUCAAAGAUCUGCGAGGAGCCGUGCGAGACGAGAAGUUCGUGAAGGAACUAGACGCAAAAGCCAACUACUUCCGCGCGCUGAAGUGUUUGAACAUCUCGUUCUCGCAUAGCUUGCUCAGCAACCACCUGAACGCGCUGGCGCUCCUCAAACGAGCCCAAGAUCUAGUGUCGCAACCUCCACCUGCCUCCAGCUCUGGCAGCUCAGAGGACUCGCCACCAACCCUAGACAUCCAGCCCGCUGUCUUCGAGAAGCUAAGCACCCACAUCGACUCCCUCUGCUCACGCAUGCACGCUCUCGUGGAGAUGCACGCCCUGCAAGACAACUCAGCAAUUGCAGCCGAGAAGAAUAUGACUUCAGCCGCACCAAUUGUCCAGCGACUCAACGACUACCCAUCCCCGGGUACCAAAGUCGACUUGAAGAAUCUAGUCACCUACCCACCCAAGAUCGAGCCAGUCCCUGUCAAGCCAAUGUUCCUGGACGUCGCUUUCAAUUACAUUGAAUAUCCUGGCAGAACAGUCGAGAAGCCUCAGGUCGCAGAGAAGCCUGUGGCCAAUGGGGUUGAGGAGAAGCCGGCACAACCAGCUCAGAAGAAGGGAUGGUUUGGCUUUGGACGUGGGUAG